CGGAGCCAUCAAGGUCUUCUCGCACAAUGUCUGCCACACAUACCAGUCUAGAUGCCGCAGCAGUCGAUCGCAAGGCCCGACUCGCCAAACUCGCUUCACUGAAGCGCAAACAGCCUGGCUCCGAUGUCACGGAACCCAGAGCGCAAGACGAAGAACAGGAGGACCACAAGUCAGCGCCCACCGACAAGUACCUUUCUGGGAGAAACUACGAUGUGUCCACAAAGAAUGCUAAACUUGGCUUCGAGAACGCCCCGAUCGCGGAGGCUGAGACUUUGGAGCAACAAGCUGAUCGCAUAGCCGCUUCCACCGCUGAACAAGCCGCGCAGAACGAGAUCGAGGCGGAGAAAGGCAUUGAUCUAUUCAAGCUCCAACCCAAGAAGCCAAAUUGGGACUUGAAACGAGACCUGGCAGAAAAGAUGAAGAUUUUGGACGUCCGCACACAAAAUGCAAUUGCAAGGCUGGUCAGGGAGAGGAUCGAGAAUGCAAAGACAGCGGCACAGACUAAAGGCAAAUCACCGGGCGCGGCGCGGAACGGAGAUCAAGGCGAAGAGGUGGGUAUUGAGGGCAACACACUUGUUGAGGGCAUUCACCUGCGGGAGCAGGAAGAGGAGAGGGAGGCUGCGCUUGAGGAACAAGAGGACGAUAUUUCUUGAAGCAGAGCCAGCAUCACAAAUGACAGCAACCAAAUGUCAUGCAAGCAUCUCUACAAGCAGCAAUCGAUCAGCGGACCCGUUGAAACAGUUCGGCUUGCCAAUCACCAGGCUCAAUACUGCCGGGUGUACUUGCAAACCCGGAGGAAUAAGAGUCAAAUCCAUUCAGAGUCCCCGGAGAACCGAAUGAGCGCACCAAGCCUGUGCAACGACCCGCUCCGUUACUCAGAUUGAUGCCGCCUAGGUCAUGAGGAGUCGCAACCCAGAAAUAUCUGUGGCCAGCCCUCGACCCUGUUCGGUGGUAAGUGUUGCUCACGUCUAGCGCAACCAAGGAAGGGCUCUUACUGGCGCUGAAGUACCGACCACAACCUCUGCCGCUGAACACUCACGCUAUGUGCGAGGCGGCGUUGCCGUCUUCAACAAAAGAUGAGAGGUCUGGCCGAAUAGGUCAUAAUGGAUGAGAACUUUAUUGAGGAAAAUAAUGAAGUCGCUUGAAGUGUGGUGGUGGGAAUAUAGAAACCGGCAACAUUUCUCAGAAACUAUAUGUCAUGCGUGACACAGCAGUGAGCUAAUAUGAGCCUGCAGAAUGUUAUUAUAAACUUGCAAAGAAGCCUCCAGCGCCAUGCGAACAACCGUAUAAGAGGAAGUGUUGUACUCC